AUCACGAUAAGUUGGCAGCACCUCGCACAAAAUGUAAACAGGAAAAAAAUCGAGAAAAAUACAAACAAUACAGACAAAAGUAAGAAGCGCGUGAAGAAACAGAUAAAAAAAUUUAUGUGUGCAUACGCGAAAGCUACGCAAUAAAUUUGUAAAUAGAAACAUACGCACGCACGCACGCAUAGACAAGCGGCCAUGUCCAAUGACCGUGUGGACACAGGCAAAGAAGUGCCAGUGCCAGCGGCAGUAGCGAUCGAACAAGAAUCAGAGCUGCCCAGUAUAAUGUCCAUGCCCACGAUGCCCGUAUCGAAGGGCAUUAUGAUUACACCACCGCCACCAGUGAUGCCACCAACGCCGACAUCGUCGCCCAACACACACGGCGAGUGGCCCAAUCUGAAUCCAAAUGCGAACACAUUCCAGCUGAGCAGAGGUAGCAGAGGUGGUGGUGGAGUAGGAGGAGGAGGAGGAGGGGGAGGGGUCGCUGCAGGAGGGGAACGAGAACAUUUUGCGCUACCCCAUUUACCGCCAUUGCCACUGAACGUUGACUAUCUGCCGAGUUUGAUACAUCCGAGCACACUGCCAUCGAGCAGCAAGAGCUUUAAGAUGCGUCCGCGCAUGAAGCGAUUAAUGUACUGCAGCUACAACAACAUAUUGACCGAGUCAAAUAAUCGCAAACUGCGCACCGCCGCCUCCACCUGCAAUAUUGAGCUGCUCAAUCGGAUUCUGGAGUCGGGCGGCAAUCCAAAUGCCGCAGAUGAAUUAAAUCGUAGUCCACUGCAUUUGGCUGCCUGCCGGGGCUAUAUACCCAUUGUGCAACAGCUGUUGAAGUAUGGAGCUAAUCCGAAUGUGGUCGACUCAUUGGGCAAUACACCGCUCCACCUGGCCGUUAUUUCGGCCAGCUCAAAUAACUUCAAUGUGGUUGUGCGUAUCCUGCUGCAGGGUGGCGCCAGCGUUCACAUGUAUGAUCGAAGCGGUAAAUCGCCGCUGGACCUGGCGGAGGCUAAAUUGCGGCUGCUGCGCAAUCGCUACGAUCAUCCCACACCGGAGACAGCAACGAUCCUGGAAGAUAUGUGCAUGUUGACCACGCUUAUAUUGCGCUACAUGGUCAAGCAGCAGCAGGAGCUGGAGGAUCUGUCGGCACUCGAGAAGCGCCUACAAAAUCUGAGCACCAGCGAUGACCAGGAGCAGGUCGUAUCACAGACAGCGGACGAGCUGCUCGCGAGUGUCGAACGUCUGUCCAUUAACAACAAAUAGAAGAAAAAAAAACCAGGCUCAAAUUGCAAUGGUUUAUUUUACGUUUCCUAAUUUGGCUGCCGUUGAGUUGGAGUUGGAUUUGUUUGACUAAACUCUGGAUGCGCACUGGAGCUGGA